UGUCAUAUAUUUGGAAUACUGUGAUCCGAAUAUAGCUGUGUUCGGCCUCAAACAACAAGCAAAAACCAAACCCCGUUCGAAACAAGCAAGUCUGCUAGUGACAAACUCAUUGUACCGGUUACAUUCGCACAAACACUGCAGUGGAGCAGGGGAACAUAGGAGCAUCCCUUCAAGUGACAGUGCCACUCCUCCGUGCAAGAAACAACAUACACGACAGAAUGACGUCUGGUUCCAUGUUUAUCAUAUGCUCUUGUGCCCUGCUGUUAGCUGUGGUGUAUGCUACACUUGAGGCCAAUGGCAACCCCGACAGCGAGGCGGCUAAGGAGAUGAUUAGAGAGAAACGAGGGCUAAGAGGGAACCGUCACCAUCGCCACAGGGGACAUAGAGGAGGUGAGGAUGACGAAAGCAGUGAUAGAGAUUACAACCUUCAGCAUGGUAGGGGAAGACGUCCCGGGCGCAGGGGCAGGCCUGGACGAGGCCGUCGACCUGGUGGGAGACCCGGGAGAAGAGGUCAAUGUCGUAGGGUAGGAAGUGCUACAGAUUUAUCCGACAUGCCUCAAAGAACACAGCGACUCAUCACAGCGUUGGUUGGUGCGCAGAACAGUUUCACAGUCAACCUCCACAGGGAAAUAGGCCAACCUGUUACAGACGUUGUGUACUCUCCGUUUAGCAUCCAUCAAGCGUUGACCAUGACCUACAUGGGGGCUAAUGGUGAUACUGCAUAUGAAAUGAAGAGAACACUCGCUUUACAGGGACUAGGAAGACGUACAGCCCGGGCAGCGAAGAAACUGAACGAAGUCAUCAGACAAUCUGGCAAUGCUACGCUAAAGACGGCGAAUGGCAUAUAUGUGAAAGCUGGAUUGAACAUUGUGGAUGAUUUCUCAGAUAGACUGGAUGUAUUCUACCAAGCUAAUAUCUCCUUGUUUGACUGGGAACACCCAGAUGGCCCAGAAGGUCCAAUUAAUGAAUGGGUCUCUGCACAGACGAACAAUCUCAUCCCAGACCUACUGGCCCCUGACACCAUCACAGAUUUGACAGCUCUGAUUCUAGUCAACGCAAUUUACUUCAAGGCAACGUGGAAGACACCAUUUCCACUACACCUCACAACUCAGCAGAUGUUCAGAAAGUCACGUACUGAGCAGGUGCCCGUUCAGAUGAUGCAAGUAGAAGGGAUGUUCAAGGUAGGUACUGUCCCUGGUCAGGGUGCGAGAAUAUUAGAGUUGGCAUACGAAGAUGACCGCUUCAGUAUGCUCGUGUUGCUUCCUGAUGACGUCGACAACCUACCCACAUUGGAGAACAGUCUGUCGGCAGAUAUUCUAACCAGCAGGCUGGACACAGUCGUAGCCUCAACCAUAAAGGUAUUUCUUCCCAGAUUCAAACUGGAAACAUCAGUGUCGGUAAAACAAUCUUUACAAAACAUGGGGAUGACCAAGCCAUUCAUGGAAGGGACAGCAGACUUCACCGGCAUCGUCAGCACUGGCCAACUUUACAUCUCUGAUGUCAUUCACAAAGCUGUUGUUGACGUCAACGAAAUAGGCAGUGAGGCGGCAGGAGCCACGGCAGUUAUUGUUAAUAUCGAAUCCGCCAGUCUCCACCCACCACCUGAGAUUCGCUGUGAUCAUCCGUUCCUGUUCAUCAUCAGAGACAACGUCUCCAAAGCCAACCUCUUCAUCGGCAAGUUCUCCGGUGGAGCUUAGGCGUGCAAUAUUCCAUGUCUCCUGAACUGAUGUUGAACGACUCAUUAGACUGGCCUAUCAAAGAAACCCGCAGAGACUCUGGACUCAUUCAAACUCUGGAAUGUGUACACACACAUAAAAAAAUGUAUACAUUGUCAACGGUACCAAAACAGUAAAUCAUUCCAUUCAAAAGGUACCGGGUUUUAAUCAUGAUGAUGUGUAUUUUAUUGAGAUUGUGUCUUGUGUGUCAUUUGAGUAGACACUUCUAUUUGAUGGGUGUACAUAUUCCACAGUUUGGUUUCUCUCUGCUGUUUUCUUUGGCAGACCUCUUCGAAUCACACUUCAACUGGGGAAGUACAGGGAGUCCAAUUCGAAGAUUGUGUCGUACAUCAGACUACCUAUUGGAAGUUACAUUUUUUGUUUUACUUGAACUCCUGAAGUUACAAAUUAAAAAUAUCUGAAUAUAUACUCUUCAAAAAAAGAAACGCAAAGCCAGAUGUGUAUGAGGUAUUUAUACGAUGAACCGUACAAGGUAUUGAGCCAAAAUGUUGUGGAGAGAACGCUUGGUGAUUGUAGUCAUCUCUGUUAUCGGUGCUUAGGAAAAAGUCCAAGGUGAAGGCCAGCUACCAUCAAUAACGCGUAAUUCCCCUGCCUGCAAGCAGCCUAUGAUGUGGUUUCUUUGCACUUCUGUUAAUAUCGGGAUGUUGUUUGAACCGCCACUGUUCGAUUGACGCAGAAGCCAGGCAAUCACAAACCCUGCACUUUAAUCCCUUUUAUAAUGCCGAUGCACGUGCAGCUCCAUGGCCCUUUUGUUGAUGCCCGGGUGCGUUUUUCCGAAUCGUACGUGUUUCCCGACUAAUGGUUUGAAUGUCCUUGUAAUCAUUUUGAUCCGGGAAAUUUGUCACUGAUACUAUAACACAUUCAACUACUUCAUUACGAACCUCAUCGUCAGCUAAGUGUGGCGUCAAACAACAAACAAACAAAGAAAACAAAUAUUACCCGUCCAACUCAAAAUUGACGCAAGCUUCGCUGAAACGAUCUCCUGGACAGCGAUAGGCCCUUGCUGGACCAAACAAGACGUACCUGACGGUUAUGUGGAAGCAAAACUGGGCAUAUCACUGGAUGUUGUGCUCUCUUGUUGCCUACAGUUCUUCCACUAAAUCGCCUGAAGCCAGGUAUUGCCUAUGCUGUUAAUGUGGUAAAUUUGUAUUGCUUCUGCAGAUGAACCAACCGAAUAUGCUUGUCUUGUUCAUGAUCAGGUGGUGACAUAUGUGGGCGAAAGGUCCGUGGCAAGUCAUGAGUGUUGCUGUAGAUAACGUCUCGGAAGAGAUAAUAUUGUGUCACAUUAUAUUUUACAUAAAGGGGAUACUGUCAUAUAGAGGUGAGGUGAAAUUGGGUUUAACGUCACGUCCAAGAUUUUUGCACUUAUAUAGCGAAGUGCAUGUACGUGUCUGGGUGUGGCUGCUGGUGCUGGUCGGGACUGAAGCCGAUUUAUAGUGCUAGCCCACUGAGAUACCAUGCCAUACCCCACACAGACACAGUAUACUGACUCCGAGCCGACCAGUCCUUGUUGAGCCCUUAAUGCCGAGCGCCAGGGUAAAAACAAGUACCAUCUUUUAACGUCUUUUGGUAUGACACGGCCGGCGAUCGAACCCCGGACCUUCCGCCCUACCCGAUUGAUAGAGGAAAAGUAACAAAUUUCUGGAAUAGAUUAUUUCAUACCUCUGUAAAUGUUGAACCACGCCUAAGUGAACAAUAAAAUAAUUAUACAUGA